CAAAGAGCAAAGUCCAAAGCCCAACAACAUCAGUCAUUGCCCGAGCAUACACCACCAAUUACAUUUCUUUCUUACCCCCCUAUCGCGGGGUUACAAAAUCUCCUCUCUUAGCCAUACUUCACCAUGUCGCAACGAGCAGGUCUCCGGCUGCUGCAGGCGUCCAAGCAGGCCGGCGUAAGAUCCUCUUUCAGACAGGCCUUUUUCCGCCGAAAUGCCUCGACAGCGGCAGAAGCAUCACCAGCUAGCACGGAAGGACAGAGCGCAUUCCAGAAGCUGUGGAACAGCCCGGUUGGCCCCAAGACGGUGCACUUUUGGGCACCGAUAAUGAAGUGGGGAAUUGUUCUUGCUGGCGCAGCAGAUAUGGCACGACCUGCUGAGAAGCUGUCCCUGACGCAGAACUUUGCGCUGAUGUGUACGGGCGCUAUCUGGACGCGUUGGUGUCUGAUCAUCAAGCCUAAGAACGUCUUCCUCGCGACGGUCAACGCGUUCUUGUUCUGUGUUGGUGCCACACAAGUCACAAGGAUAGCCCUCUAUAGGCGAAGCGAGAAGGGAAAGAAUGCCGUGGAGGAGGCCAAGGAAGCGGUGCAGGAGAAGGUUGAGACUCUCAAACAGUAGAAGGGCACAUUUAGAUAUCGGGGAGGAAGUGAUAAUCGAAAAGACACGGACCCAAGUUCCUAGAGGCGAUCUCCUAGCUACUUCUACUUCGGAGUACACGGCAUAAUCUACAAUUCCCAUAAUCCAAAUGUGCAUACCCGAUUUUCUCUGUCGUGGCUGAAUACAGCACUGCUGCUUUUUGUUUACCAGCAGAAUUGCUCAAAUUUCUCGGCCAUUGCUUGAAAAGGGUGUUGUUUCUCGUCCUCUUAUGUCUAGUCCUUUCAAAAUGUUUGAAGAGGCAAAACGUGUAUGUUUUGAUUUCGUUGUAUUGCUCCAUUCCACGGGAUGGUAGCGGAGAAGAGAAAGCAGGCUUGUGAGUCCUAGACACGGGAGCAUUUUGACGUCUUCAAU